CUAUUAGAACGGUUUCCGGGCCGUUAUCUUGCCGUUGCCGUUUAAACGGCGUAUUUCUGCUAUAUAAGCCCACUCCGCUCCGGUUUUCCUCCCACUGUCCACGUCGUUUUCGCCAGAUCUUGAAUUUGCCCAACUAAACGGUAGCAGAAGAGAAGGAAGGAGGAGUUUUCAGAGGUAGCUGCUGCUUGCUACUCUCACUCUCUCUGCCAAACGUCUUUCCGAGCUCGUAAACAGUCGCUUUGCGGGUUCGAACCGAUUUCAACGCUGCUACCCUUGGAAGCGCAUUUACUGCUUUCUCAGCCUAUUCGAUUGGCUGAGAUCUGCAGUUAUAUCGGCAUUUAAAGCGCCUUCAGAUCUUGGAAUGGAGGAUUCUUCUGCCUCUUCAAGCGCUGCUUUGCUGUCUGUAUGCUGCUGACAUUCGUUGAUCGCUAACUUUCAUCGCCUUUUUUUCAUCUUCUCUAAAAAUCAGCAAAAAGACAAGAAGAAAGAGAGAAAUCUCAAAUCCAGCUAUCUACGAUCUGGACGGAUCUUGACGUUCGGGAGGAGCUCGCAAACGCCGUUACAGACAACGGAAGGAUGUUGCCGCAGAAGCAAGCGGAGGAAGCGAUCGUCCCGAGCUAUAACGAGACGGACCAUGAUGGAAAGGAGGAAGAUAAGGAAGCGUCAUCGAUCCUGAGCGUGAAAAGCUUUCUGUGGCAUGGAGGUUCCGUUUACGACGCCUGGUUCAGCUGCGCUUCAAAUCAGGUGGCGCAGGUUCUUUUAACGCUGCCGUACUCCUUUUCUCAGCUGGGAAUGCUUUCUGGAAUCUUGCUACAGCUGUUCUACGGAAUCAUGGGGAGCUGGACUGCGUAUUUAAUCAGCGUACUCUACGUAGAGUACAGAGCCCGAAAGGAGAAAGAAAACGUUAGCUUCAAGAACCAUGUCAUUCAGUGGUUUGAAGUGCUGGAUGGCCUCUUGGGACCUUACUGGAAAGCCGUCGGCCUUGCUUUCAACUGCACUUUUCUUCUCUUUGGGUCUGUCAUUCAGCUCAUUGCUUGUGCGAGCAAUAUAUACUACAUAAACGACCGCUUGGACAAGCGGACAUGGACAUAUAUCUUUGGAGCUUGCUGCGCGACUACGGUUUUCAUUCCAUCUUUCCACAACUACCGUAUCUGGUCUUUUCUAGGUCUUGGGAUGACGACGUAUACGGCCUGGUAUAUGACGAUCGCAGCUCUAGUACAUGGCCAGGCAGAAGGCGUUUCCCAUUCGGCUCCUACAAAGCUGGUGUUGUAUUUCACAGGCGCCACCAAUAUCCUGUACACUUUCGGCGGACACGCUGUCACCGUGGAGAUAAUGCAUGCGAUGUGGAAACCCCAGAAGUUCAAGUACAUAUACCUGCUGGCGACACUGUAUGUCUUCACCCUAACAUUGCCGUCAGCCUCUGCCGUCUACUGGGCCUUCGGUGACCAGCUCCUCAACCACUCCAACGCCUUCUCUCUCCUUCCCAAGAACGGAUGGCGUGAUGCCGCCGUUAUCCUUAUGCUUAUCCACCAGUUCAUUACGUUCGGGUUCGCAUGCACGCCGUUGUAUUUCGUGUGGGAGAAGGUGAUUGGAAUGCAUGACACGAAGAGCAUCUGCCUGCGGGCAGUUGCCCGGCUGCCCGUGGUCAUACCGAUAUGGUUCCUGGCCAUCAUCUUCCCCUUCUUCGGACCCAUCAACUCCGCUGUGGGUGCGCUUCUCGUUAGCUUCACCGUCUACAUUAUUCCUUCACUGGCCCAUAUGCUUACGUACAGGAAGGCCUCUGCUCGACAGAAUGCGGCGGAGAAACCUCCUUUCUUCCUGCCAAGCUGGACGGCAAUGUACGUUGUGAAUGCAUUCGUGGUUGUUUGGGUAUUGAUUGUUGGAUUUGGGUUUGGCGGGUGGGCCAGCAUGACCAACUUCGUCAGGCAAGUAGACACCUUCGGACUCUUCGCCAAGUGCUAUCAAUGCAAGCCUCCAACAACCCCACCAACUCAACAUCACUAACUCAGUAUCUAUCCAACCGAGUUGAACUGAGUUAAAUAACCCAACCAUACACAAAUCAAAUGCCCAUCUCUUUCUCACCCCUUGUAUUAUAUACAAUAGGCAUUGCCCCCACUUGAUGGGCUAGUGAAGAUCGUACGGUGAUGAUUCCUUUUGCCAUUAAAGCAUUGUGGUGGUUAUAUGUGGUGAUUUUCAUUUUCCUUUUCUUUUUUCAGUGCAAGCGUUUGUUAUUAUUAUAGCAUUUCGAUCAUGUUUCCAAGUCUUAGAAAAUAGGGAGGGUAGGUGGUUGGCAUUGUAGGGCCACAUGGUACUCUUCCAAUGGGGUCCAACGUGUAACUUUGAAGAACUACUUUUGACUGGAUUCUCAGAGAUGGUUCUCUCCACAUGGCCUGCACGUGGUUCCACCUAUCUGUCACGUGACUGUAGCCCCAAACUGUCCUUUCCUCGUUUUCAUUUUUUUUU